ACCCAUUUUGGUAACCACUAAUCACCGAAAACCUGCCGCUAACGCCGUCUUCACCGAAAUUCACCGAAAAGCUCCGACCGUUGCCUCAUCACUCUUUGUCUCACUUCGAGGUUCUCUGAGAACUUGGGAGCUAGGUGAAAUCCAUCCACGUAUCCACGUGCCUUAGCAUUCUACAUUAUCGUUUUUUUUUUUUACGUGUAGGAAGCUUUGGUAUCACGCGGGACCCCAUGCCUCGCGGCCCAGCCAAUUCCUGAUCCGAUCCUAGAUCCUACCGCCCUUUCUCCAAUGGCCACCCUCCGAUACCUAACCCUGCCGUCCAACCCAAGCGCCGUCCUCCCCCAAUUCCCUAGCUACGCUUUCGCGUCGCGUAUGCAGACGGCGCUGCAAAAGGAAUUCCUAGCCUGGAAGGCCCAGCCGUUAAAGACACGCGGCCCAACACCACCGCCGAGUAUCCUCUGCUUCACACCGACGCCGACGUAUACUCUCGGCCGCCGACAGACGGAGCCGUUAUCCGAGAGCGAGGUCGCUCGUUUGCGAUCACCUCUAUUUAUGCCGAACCCGAGUGAGAGCGAGGAAUGGAUCGCGAAUAAUGGUGGAAAUGACAGGCGCGGAAAAGCGGCCUUCUUCUUGCCAAACAUCACCCAUGCGCCUCGUGGCGGUCUGACGACGUACCAUGGCCCCGGUCAGCUCGUCAUUUGGCCCGUUAUCGAUCUGCAUUCCCCCUGGCACGCACACCUGUCCGUGCGUGACUACGCCUGCUUGCUCGAGAAGACGACGAUCGCAACUCUUGAGCGACUGUGGGGGCUCGCCGGGUUCACAACGGAGAACCCAGGCGUCUGGGUGCGGUCUGGGGGUGCUCGGGGGUUAGAUGCGGGAGGGGAUGAGCGGAAGAUUGCGGCCCUCGGCGUCCAUCUUCGCCGUCACGUUACAGGCCUUGGCGUUGCCAUCAACUACAGCACGCCAGUAUCGGGCCCCUCGGAGACUAACCCGUGGGACCGCAUCGUGGCUUGUGGUCUCGGAGACCGUGGCGUCACAAGUGUUCAAGCAGAACUCGGCAUCGGCAACGGCACCAGUCAGGAGGACAACAAUACCGCACUGGCGACCUUAGGGGAGACUUGGCGCUCCGAAUUCCAAAAACGACUGAAGCUGCGCGACGAUGUCACCGAUGGGGCGACCGAGCUCGACCUUGUCCAGCGCAUGAAAAGCUUCAGCGCCCUAAUUGAAGACUGGGAUGGCCUUGGGGUUCACGCUCGCCCCAUCAGUGACCUCGAUAAAUAACGUGAGUGUAUUAAUAUUGCUUGCAUCCUUAGGCGAUGCGUGGGCCUUCUGGAAAUCUCUG